GCGCGGCGCCGGCGAGGGAGGACUGAUCUCGGUGCGCCUACGCGGAUAUGCAAACAGCUUGUGGUAGACGAGAAGGAGCUUCAUUAGCGAUUCUCAGUUCGGCGCUGUCACUCGAAGAGAUCGCACUGCGAACUGCGCAUCAACAUGUCCGUCCACGCCGAGUCCGUCCGCGGAGCCUACGAUGACGUCAGGGACGAUCGCAACAGCACCUCCUGGGCCCUGCUCACGUACGACGGCGGGAUGAUCCGGGCCACGUCCAGGGGAGAGGACUUCGAGACCCUCAAGAAGAACCUCGCCGAACACGAGAGAGCCUUCAUCUACCUCCGAAUCCAGGCCGGCGACGAGAUGAGCAAACGGUCCAAGUUUGUCUUCAUAACAUGGCUUUCAGAGACAGUCGGAGUGCUGCAGCGAGCCCGCAUCAGCAGUGACAAGGCUGCCGUCAAGGAAAUAAUUAAGAACUUUGCCGUGGAACUUCAGGUAGAGGACCCCGGAGAGCUCACCGAGGAUCACAUCAAAAACACAGUGAGCAAGGCCGGAGGAACUGACUACGGCACGGCGUCGUAGACGACGCCCCGCCCAGCACAGUUUUCUCCACGUUUACAAGAAAAAUAAAAAAAAAAGACGUGUCUUGAGAAGGCCGGCUCCUCUUUCCUAGUUUCACAGCUCUCGACAGGAGAAAACUGAAUGACGAAAGAACAUCCAGAAAAACUGUUCUUCCAGCGGAAACAUCGCAGAACGUUUACCGGGGGAAGAAAUAAACAGAAUAAAGUAGCAUC